UUGGCUGAGGUGCCACCGGGAGGCGGUUUCCCUCUACUGGUGUCGCGAGGGCGGCUCCGGGAUCCUUCUCGGCCUCCGAGCACGCCACCUCAUUUACCUGCGGCGGGAGGGCGCCGCGACUCAAAGAAAGGAGAGACCGUCUCGGAAAGCAGCCCCGGGAGCGAAGUGGAGAAUGGCCCCGUUGAGUGCGGGGGAGCGCACAGCCGCUGUUGACUCUGGGGGCCGAGGUGGGCGUGAGCGAAGGUAAUCCUCGCCCGAGGUCCGGCCCUGCGUAGACUUCCCAGUAGAUUUUAAUUUAAUUUGAAAAUGAGUAAGUGCAGAAAAGCUCCACUGGGUUCAGGUCCUGAGACAUUCAGCCCAGAUGUUCUUGCUGACAUUGUUGAACUGUUUGCCAAAAACUUUUCUUAUGGCAAGCCACUUAAUAAUGAGUGGCAGUUACCAGAUAUGAAUGAGGUUUUCACUUGUGACCAUGUGGAAUUUAAUGCAUUUCUUGAUUUGAAGAACUCACUAAAUGAAGUAAAAAAUCUACUGAGUGAUAAGAAACUGGAUGAAUGGCACGAACACACUGCUUUCACCAACAAAGCGGGAAAAAUAAUUUCUCACGUGAAAAAAUGUGUGAAUGCUGAGCUUUGUACUCAAGCAUGGUGUAAGUUUCACGAGAUUUUGUGCAGCUUUCCUCUUAUUCCACAGGAAGCUUUUCAGAAUGGAAAACUGACUUCCCUACACCUUUGCGAAGCUCCUGGAGCUUUCAUAGCCAGUCUCAAUCACUACUUAAAAUCCCACCGAUUCCCCUGUGAGUGGAGUUGGGUAGCUAAUACCCUCAAUCCAUACCAUGAAGCAAAUGAUAAUCUUAUGAUGAUUAUGGAUGACCGACUUAUUGCCAAUACCUUACGUUGCUGGUACUUUGGUCCAGAUAACACUGGUGAUAUCAUGACCUUAAAAUAUCUCACUGGACUUCAGAAUUUUACAAGCACCAUGGAUACCAUUCUCUUGAUCACUGCAGAUGGGAGUUUUGAUUGCCAGGGAAACCCCGGGGAACAAGAAGCUUUAGUCUCAUCUCUGCAUUAUUGUGAAGCUGUCACUGCUCUAAUGACUCUUGGGAAUGGUGGCUCUUUUGUUCUGAAGAUGUUUACUUUGUUCGAACAUUGUUCCAUAAACCUGAUGUACCUGCUGAACUGUUCUUUUGACCAAGUCUGUGUUUUCAAACCUGCCACUAGCAAGGCAGGAAACUCAGAAGUCUAUGUGGUGUGUCUCUACUAUAAGGGACAAGAGGCCAUCUACCCCCUGUUAUCGAAGAUGGUGCAGCAUUUUGGGACUGAAAUGACCAGGAAAGCACUCUUUCCCCAUCAUGUGAUUCCCGAAUCUUUUCUUAAGAAACACGAAGAAUGUUGUGUGUUCUUUCAUAAAUAUCAGCUACAGACUAUUUCUGAGAACAUUCGUCUGUUUGAGUGCAUGGGAAAAGAGGAAGAAGCAAAACUGAAUAACUUAAGGGACUGUGCUGUUCAGUAUUUCCUGAAAAAGUUUCAAUUGAAACCUCUUUCCAGAAGUAAUUGGCUAGUUAAAAAAUCUAAUAUUGGGUGUAGUACAAAUACAAAAUGGUUUGGACAGAGGAACAGGUAUUUUAGGACCUAUAAUGAAAGGAAGGUACUGGAAACGCUUUCAUGGAAAGAUAAGGUGGCGAAAGGAUACUUUAAUAGUUGGGCUGAAGAGCAUGCUGCCUACCAGCCUGGGCAAGGGUCUUUUUUAGAAGGAACAGCUUCUAAUCUGGAGUGUCACUUAUGGCAUGUUUUAGAGGGGAAGAAACUGCCAAAAGUAAAGUGCUCUCCUUUUUGUGAUGGUGAAAUUUUAAAGGCUCUUAAUGAAGCAAUUGAAAAAUCAUUAGGAGGAGCUUUGAAUUUGGAUCCAAGUUUUAGGCCAAAGCAGCAGUAUUAUUGUUCUUGUCAUGUUUUUUCUGAAGAGCUGAUAUUUUCUGAGUUGUUUAGCCUUGCCAGAGACCUUCAGGAUGAGCAACUUGUAGAACCCAACAGCCAGAUAAAGUGCUUGCUUGUUGGUUUUUCAGCUCUUCAUGAUACCAAGAUACAUUUGCCACUGGAAAUUGUCCAAGAGUCCGCUGAACUCAAGACUUUUAGUUGUUCGUUGCUUCACGAUGGAGACCCAGCUUACCAGCGGUUGUUUUUGAAUUGCCUUCUGCAUUCGUUGCAGCAACUUCAUACAGGAGAUGCUAUGGUUUUGCCUGUACUCUCUUGUUUUACGAGGUUUAUGGCUGGUUUGAUCUUUGUCCUCCACAGUUGUUUCAGAUUCAUCACAUUUUCUUGUCCUACAUCUUCUGAGCCCCUGAGAACCUGUGCAGUUCUGCUCUGUGUUGGUUAUCAGGACCUCCCAAAUCCAGUGUUCCAGUAUCUUCAGAAUGUGAGUGAAUUGUUGAGUGCUUUACUCCACUCUGAUGCACCCCAGCAGAUUUUACAGUUUGUGCCAAUGGAGGUGCUCCUCAAGGGGGCACUACGAUUUUUUGUGGGAUUUGAAUGCCGCCAUUGCUAAAAGGCAUUUGCAUUUGAUUAUUCAAGGAGAGCAAGAAGAAAUCACCAGUCUUGAGUUAUGAGCAGUCUUGAGUUAUGAAAUUGAACUUACUCUUUCUGGGAUUCAGCUUUAUGGCUUCUUACAGUUUGCAAUGAAAUGUUACUGCAUUCCUUUGCUGUGUUUAUUUAAAAACCUACAUUUUGGGGAUAGAUCAACUUUUGUAUCUUUUUAAGUCUCAUUUCUGGAAAGCCAUUAUCUAAUUCUGAUCUCUAAGCUACUUAUACCCACAGUUUCCACGUGGUGGGAUCUGUGCAGCGAUGAUCUUCAACCUCAAACACAAGAUUCACGUAUGUCCUUGGGGUGGACACACUUCUGGUUGCAUAUGCAGUUUAGUUGGUCUUAUUUUUCCUUAAGGUUUGCACCUGUGUGCCUUACUUCAGAUUCGAUUUUUUUUUCUCAAUGAAUUACCUCUUAAUGGCUAAUUCUUUAUGAAUUCAUCUUGGGUAGAAGGAUGUGCAUCACUCCUCAACUACACAGCCCUUAACAUUUACCAUGUCAAUUAUGGAUUCAGGGAACUCAUCAGGGAACUUUCUUGAUAUAGGCCAUUCAUUCCCUUUAAGUCAUUGACCCAGUUGACUUUUAAGGUUCAAAUUCAGUUAGUGUGCUGUUCUAAAUAUAUUUACCACCCACAGUCAUCCAACUAGAAAGGAUGUCAGGACAGCUUCAAACCAAAGAUCAUGUUUAAAAAAAUGAAAAUUGUGUCUGAUUUACUUCUGUAUCAUGAAAAACUUCAUUUAGUAACUAUGUAGUAGUAUUUAGCUUCCAGGAAAUAAUCUGUGAAAUAAAAGAUUUUUUAAAUUGCAAAAUAAUGUUUAUGAUCUCAUUGGGGAACCUAUGAAUGUGCUAAAUAUAGUAAAUAACUUAAAAAUUUUUUUAACACUUUCAGACUGAUUG